UCCCGCCCAGCUAUUCAUCCCUGGACUGUAUAUUGCACAGAUUAGCUCUGCCAGUGAGGAAACUGGCGAAGAAGCUGGAUCCUGUACUAAAGGCGUGUUUAAGAAAUGUCAUUGCUGUGUGUUGGAGUGAAGAAAGGCAAGCUUGAUGGACCACAAGAGAAAUUCAACACAUACGUGACCCUGAAGGUGCAGAAUGUUAAGAGCACAACCAUCGCUGUCCGUGGCAGUCAGCCAUGCUGGGAGCAGGACUUCAUGUUUGAAAUAAACCGCCUGGAUCUGGGUCUCACAGUGGAGGUGUGGAACAAGGGGCUGAUCUGGGACACCAUGGUGGGCACCUUAUGGAUCCCCCUGCGCAACAUACGGCAGUCCAAUGAGGAGGGACCGGGUCAGUGGCUGACCCUUGACUCUAAUGCGAUUAUGGCUGAGAAUGAGAUCUGUGGAACCAAAGAUCCGACCUUUCAUAGGCUGCUGCUCGACACACGCUUUGAACUGCCACUAGACAUUCCAGAGGAAGAGGCGAGAUACUGGGCAAAGAAACUUGAACAACUUAAUGCCAUGAGAGAUCAAGAUUAUGCCUAUCAAGAAGAACAGGAGCGACCAUUACAUGCACCAUCCACACAGUGCUGUAAUUGGAGUCUGUGGGGAGAUCAGCAAAACGAGGACCCAGACAGUGCAGUGGAUGACAGGGACAGCGACUACCGCAGUGAGACCAGUAACAGCAUCCCACCUCCUUACUACACCACCUCCCAGCCCAAUGCUUCCAUGCACCAGUAUCCCAUGAGGCACCAGCACUACAGACACUCCUACUCUGACGACAUCAAUGAGCUGGACUAUGAUCACAGAGCUAUGAGUCCCACAGACAGUCGUUACGCCUCAUCAGGCGAGUUGAGUCGAGGCAGCUCCCAGCUCAGUGAGGAGUUUGCUCCUGAGGAUGGUGAAAGCUUGAGAGGCUCGGAAUUCUAUGAUGAAAACGACUCCUAUCAUUCCUGCCAUUCUUCUGUCAGCUACGGCAAAGAAGAUUCCCCAGGUUGGGAUGGUGAGGACCACCAAGGCAUCUACAGCGAUGAGGGAGGCUACCUCAAAGAUGGAGGGGAAGAAGGAGCUUUGUAUGAUGAAGAAGACGGAGACAUGUACGGGGAGGAAGGAGAUUACAACUAUGAAGAUGAGGAGGACAUGUCAUAUAAAGAAGAUGAAGAAAUGCAUCCACUGGAUGGCACACUCAGUGAAGAUCAGGAGCCUCCUUAUACCCCCACACCCACAAGCACUGCCCCCACCUUGAUGCCUCCAUCUGAUGGUCUUUCCUCCACCAGGCCACCACUGGAGAAGCAGGCGUCAUUGCAUCAGCAGCGACUUGCCCAAGAUCGGCCUCAGUCGCCCAGCACAGUUCCUGGUCUACCUCCAGUCUCGCAGGACAACACAAUGCACCCUUCUAUUCCAGAUUCCACCAAGCCUCCUUUUGCACCCACACAUCAGGAUCUCUCCAUCACAACUACAACUACACCCACCCCCACAACUACAUCACAGGUUCUAGCUCCAGACACCAAGCUUCUGGAGCCUGAGCCCAUAUCUGAAGUGCCAAAGGAGGAGUCUCAACCCCCCGAGCACCCUCCGGCAACAGAGAGUGUCCCCUCGGCUCCUGAAGAGAAGAAAGUGGAGCCUCCUGUUGCAAGUUUCCCUAAGAGGGAAAUCAUGGAACCUGGUCCUGCCAGAGCUAAGGCUAACUGGCUUCGACUUUUCAGCAGAGUACGGCUACAGCUACAAGAGGCCCGAGGAGAAAGUGUUGGCAUCGCCUCUCUGCUUUUAUCAGCAGGGAUGGGUGGUGCUCUGUAUAGUAUUGACAGCAUGCCAGACCUCAGGAAGAGAAAAGCAAUGCCUCUGGUCAGCGAUCUGGCUAUGUCCUUGGUCCAGAACUCCAGGAAGGCAGGCAUCACCUCAGCCCUGACAUCAAGUACCCUGCAUAACGAAGAGCUGAAGAGUCAUGUCUAUAAGAAGACUCUCCAGGCCCUCAUAUAUCCCAUUUCCUGCACCACCCCACACAAUUUUGAGGUGUGGACAGCUACCACACCCACGUACUGCUACGAAUGUGAGGGACUCCUCUGGGGUAUUGCUCGCCAGGGCAUGCGGUGUACUGAGUGUGGAGUGAAAUGCCACGAGAAGUGCCAGGAUCUGCUCAAUGCUGAUUGUCUGCAAAGAGCAGCAGAGAAGAGCUCCAAGCAUGGUGCAGAGGACCGAACUCAGAAUAUCAUCAUGGUUCUUAAGGACCGCAUGAAGAUCCGUGAGAGGAACAAACCUGAGAUCUUCGAACUCAUUCAGGAAGUGUUCACUGUCCCCAAGUCAACCCACGUCACCCAGAUGAAGCAGAUCAAACAGAGUGUGCUCGAUGGCACCUCUAAAUGGUCAGCCAAGAUCAGCAUCACAGUGUUGUGUGCCCAGGGUUUACAAGCCAAGGAUAAAACUGGCUCCAGUGACCCUUAUGUAACCGUCCAGGUUGGAAAGACGAAAAAGAGGACCAAGACCAUCUAUGGUAACCUCAACCCUGUCUGGGAGGAGACGUUUAAUUUCGAAUGUCACAACUCUUCAGAUCGCAUCAAGGUGCGAGUAUGGGAUGAAGAUGACGACAUUAAGUCUCGUGUGAAGCAGAAGUUCAAGCGAGAGUCUGAUGAUUUCCUCGGUCAAACUAUCAUUGAGGUCCGCACUCUGAGCGGAGAAAUGGAUGUCUGGUAUAAUCUGGACAAACGUACAGACAAAUCAGCUGUGUCUGGGGCUAUCCGCAUGCACAUAAGUGUAGAGAUCAAGGGAGAGGAGACAGUUGCUCCAUAUCACGUUCAGUACACCUGUCUGCAUGAGAACCUCUUCCAUUAUGUGACGGAUAUCCAGAAUAAUGGUGUGGUGAAGAUCCCUGAUGCCAAAGGUGAUGAUGCAUGGAAAGUGUACUUCGAGGAGACUCCCCAGGAAAUCGUAGAUGAGUUUGCUAUGCGUUAUGGAGUGGAGUCCAUCUACCAGGCCAUGACCCAUUUUGCCUGCUUGUCGUCUAAGUACAUGUGCCCAGGUGUGCCUGCAGUGAUGAGUACCCUGCUGGCAAACAUCAAUGCCUACUAUGCCCACACCACCCAGGCAACCAACAACGUCUCUGCCUCUGAUCGCUUUGCUGCUUCUAAUUUUGGGAAAGAGCGAUUUGUCAAGCUCCUAGAUCAGCUGCAUAACUCUCUGAGGAUCGACCUGUCUAUGUACCGGAACAACUUUCCAGCCAGCAGUCCUGAGAGACUGCAGGACCUCAAGUCCACAGUGGACCUCCUCACCAGUAUAACUUUCUUCAGAAUGAAGGUCCAAGAGCUCCAGUCACCACCCAGAGCCAGUCAGGUAGUGAAGGACUGCGUCAAAGCCUGUCUCAACUCCACCUAUGAAUACAUCUUUAAUAACUGUCAUGAGCUCUACAGCCGCGAGUAUCAAGCAGACCCGGCCAAGCAGGGUGCUGUGCCUCCAGAGGAGCAAGGACCCAGCAUCAAAAAUCUCGACUUCUGGUCCAAAUUUAUCACACUUAUUGUCUCUAUUAUUGAGGAAGACAAGAACUCUUACACUCCUUGCCUAAACCAAUUUCCUCAGGAGCUCAAUGUGGGUAAAAUCAGUGCUGAAGUCAUGUGGAACUUAUUUGCUCAGGAUAUGAAGUAUGCAAUGGAAGAACAUGAAAAAAAUCGCUUGUGCAAGAGUGCAGAUUACAUGAACCUGCACUUCAAGGUCAAGUGGCUAUACAACGAGUACUGCAAGGACCUACCCUUUUUCAAGAGCAGAGUGCCUGAAUAUCCUGCGUGGUUUGAGCCAUUUGUCAUUCAGUGGCUGGAUGAAAACGAGGAAGUGUCUCGUGACUUUCUGCAUGGUGCUUUGGAAAGAGACAAAAAAGAUGGGUUCCAGGUCACAUCAGAACAUGCUCUGUUCUCCUGUUCGGUGGUGGAUGUGUUUUCCCAGCUCAACCAGAGCUUUGAGAUCAUCAGAAAGUUAGAGUGCCCAGAUCCGCAGAUUGUAGGACACUACAUGAAGCGAUUCGCCAAGACCAUCAGUAAUGUGCUUCUGUCCUAUGCUGAUAUAAUCUCCAAGUUGUUUGCCAACUAUGUCACCAUGGAGAAAGUGCCCUGCAUCCUGAUCAACAACAUCCAACAGCUGAGGGUUCAGUUGGAGAAGAUGUUUGAAGCCAUGGGUGGAAAAGAUUUGUGUGUUGAAGCUAGUGAUAUCCUGAAAGACCUGCAAGUUAAACUCAACAAUGUCAUGGAUGAUCUCAGCAGAGUCUUCGCUGUCAGUUUCCAGCCUCAUAUUGAGGAAAAUGUUAAGCAGAUGGGAGACAUCUUGGCUCAGGUUAAGGGAACCUCUAAUGUGGGAAAUGCCAGCAGCGUGGCCCAGGAUGCUGACAAUGUCCUGCAGCCAAUCAUGGAGUUCCUGGACAGCAACCUGACUUUGUUUGCUAAGAUCUGUGAAAAGACUGUGCUGAAGCGUGUGUUGAAGGAGCUGUGGAAGCUGGUGAUGAACACCAUGGAGAAGACCAUUGUUCUGCCACCACUCACAGACCAAACGAUGAUUGGGAGGCUGAAGAGUGCUUCUCACAGUGAUGGCACUCAGCUCAUCUUUAAUGCUGCCAAAGAGCUGGGACAGCUGUCCAAGCUGAAGGAGCACAUGGUUCGUGAGGAGGCCAAAGCACUAACACCCAAGCAGUGUGCUGUGAUAGAGCUGGCUCUCGACACCAUCAAGCAAUAUUUCCAUGCUGGUGGUGUGGGUCUGAAGAAGACUUUCCUGGAAAAGAGUCCUGACCUUCUGUCUCUCCACUAUGCCCUGUCCCUUUACACGCAGGCCACAGACAAACUCAUUAAGACCUUUGUCCAGUCACAGAAUGCUCAAGGCUCUGGGGUGGAUGACGCUGUAGGCGAGGUGUCCAUCCAUGUGGAGAUUUUCACUCACCCGAACACCGGAGAGCACAAAGUUACAGUUAAAGUGGUUGCUGCAAAUGACCUGAGGUGGCAGACGCAGGGAAUAUUCCGGCCAUUUGUGGAGGUCUAUAUCAUCGGCCCUCACCUCAGCGACAAGAAGAGGAAGUAUGCCACAAAGUCGAAGAACAACAGCUGGGCUCCCAAAUACAAUGAGACCUUUACUUUCACCCUGAGUAACGAGGUGGGUCCCGAGUGCUACGAGCUACAGGUGUGUGUGAAGGACUACUGCUUUGCCCGAGAGGACCGCACCGUGGGCAUGGCUGUCCUUCAGCUGAAGGAUGUAGCCUCUAAGGGGAGCGCCGCCUGCUGGCUGCCGCUGGGUAAACGCAUCCACAUGGAUGAAACGGGACUGACCGUCCUGCGCAUCCUCUCCCAACGUAACAAUGACGACGUGGCCAAGGAGUUCGUCAAACUCAAGUCUGACCAGCGCUCUGCUGAGGAGGGCCGCAGCUAAGAGACAACAUAAGAAUUUAAAACUCAAUCAGACAUCUCCACCUGCUGUUCAGGAGCUCUCCUGAGCCACUGCAAGCCACUGCCCUGAUUAUCCAGUGUUGUAAAAGCACACAUAAGACAGCAGUCGCCACACAUCCAAUACUGUAAAUACAUUUAUUUCAGUGAAAAUCACACAGUGCAAAGCAAAGGAUCACACAUUUUCUUAACAAUGCACCACUGUCUUUACUGUUACCGAUUUGAUCAGCCAUGCUUUUGAUUCACUUACACAUAGAGUUUAAUCUUAGAGCAUAUAUCUGCUUUCCUCUAUUCCUAGAGGAGAGCCAUGCCAUCCCACACACACAACUGAACACACACACACACACACACACGCCUCACUUGAAUGGUCAGGGUGAGAAAUAUCUUGUAGCCUUUAAUAUUUUUGGCUUGCUUUCUCACUUUUUCUCUGCCUUUUUACCCUUACUCUCAACUUUACCGAUCCCCAGCUCCUCUCGUCCCUUCCCUAGUUUGCAGCCGCUUAGAGAAGGGACCGCAAGUGCCAACAAAUAAUUGCUCAAAUAUGCCCUAAGCACAACAGGACCAACUGUCCACCUGACCCAUAAACAACUACAAUGGCUGCAGCCUCAAACAUUCCAGAUAUCGGGUGGGGAACACAUACAGGGAACAAAGCACUAUUUACUUUUGAUGAGUUUAAUAUUUAUUUACUUUUUUCU